AUGAAGUUCGCUACUACUUUCUCUCUCCUGGUCGCCGGCAGCGCCAUGGUGUCCGCGCUCCCCUCCAGUCAGAGCAGUGAAGGCCAGACCUCAAGUGGUGGCUGCCAGGGGCCUCUCCUGUGCUGUGGCACUCUCACCACUCCUCUUGAUACCACUCUUGACCCCAUUCUGAAAGUUGUGGGCGUCGAUGCAGCCAACAUUGUUGGUUCUGUUGGUCUCCUUUGUCACCCUCAUGACGAGACCUGCUCCUCUGCACCUCAGUGCUGCACCGAAGCCAAUCUUUUGGGUGGAACACUUGCUCUGGGCUGCUCCGCGUCCAAGUAA